AAAGACCCGAAAGCCCAAACAACCCCAAAAAUAUGCUCUUCUCACUUUUCACUGGAGCGGGAAAACACCCUCCAUUCUGAAAAUUCAUUGUAUAAGAGCUUCAAUUUUCUUUCAAGAUUAUUUUCUAAGAAAUUCAAUUUUCUUUCACAAAAAUCUCCCUUUUGGACAACCUGGUAUUAUGGGCAGAACUCUGAAUCGAGAACCUACUCAUAGUAGGAAUGCCAACGACCGACAACUCAGAGCAGUAAAGCGUGAACAAAUGAGUCGGAAUCGCGUUGGCUCCGGCAGAGACGAUUCCACUCAACAACAUGAACUCGAUCGACGGGCCCUCCGGUCUAAGUAUCUUGCGUUACAUAAUAAGAUCAAUGAUGAGAGAGAUGUUUUAACGAGAGUGGAUUCGGAAAAGUUUAAUUCCAUGAUUAAGGAAGUCGAAGAUUUGCACCAGCAUGUGCAAAAACCAAGAGAGCAAGUUGCGGAUGCAGAAGCAUUACUGGGUCUUACAAGCACACUGGUGUCAUCUGUUAAAUCACAGUCAAACGAGGGCAUUACUGCUGCAGACUUUGUUUCUUGUGUGCUCUCACAGUUUGGGCAAUCGAAUAGAACACUGGAUGAAGAAAAUUUGUCUAGUUUGAUCAAGUGGAAAGAGAUUGGGCUUGCUGUUUCCCCUAUUUUCAGGAAAUGUAAUGGGUUCAAUACAAUGGUUGGACCAAUGAAUACCGAGUUGAAGCAAAGGAGGAUCCCAGUUAGAAAUAAUAGAAAACGUGCAAGGCCAACAGAAAGAUCUCAACCGGAGGAGGUUGAUAAUACUGGGGCAGAAGAGAAAAAAGAUACUGAUAAUAAUAUGUCAACAAUGUUUGAGAUUUUAAGGAGGAAAAAACGGGUUCCACUUGAAAAUUUGAUCUUGAAUAGAAGGUCUUUUGCACAGACUGUGGAGAAUUUGUUUGCACUGUCAUUCUUAGUUAAAGAUGGGCGGGUUCAGAUAACUAUGGAUGAAAGCGGUGCUCACUUUGUCUUACCAAGGAAUGCUCCUGCUGCCAAUUCUGUAAUGUCAGGAGAAGUCACAUUUAGGCAUUUUGUGUUCAGAUUUGAUUUCAAGGAUUGGCAGCUAAUGAUGAAUGUGGUGUCUAAUGGUGACGAGCUAAUGCCAGAUAGGAAAAGUUUGGCCACUUCUGAAUCGGAGCCUGCAACUAACAAUAUCCAAGUCCAAGGAACGCUUAACAGGACACCGAUCAGGAAAUUCUCUAGGAACCGUGGUCUUAUUGUGCAAGAAGAUUCAGUUGUAGAAGAGUCUCCUGAAAUUGAAGCUACAAAAGCCAUUGGCUCCUUUAGGUGUAAGCGUAAGCUCACUUAGUCUGGCAUGUGAAUAAGGUGUCAACAAAUUUCUGUUAUAUGAUGUGAUUUUCAGGUGAAUCCAGUGGCUUCAAGAUAGAUAAUUUUGUUGUGCUUCUAUUGCGCCUAUAUUAGCUAAUUAGCCUAACUUAUAUGCAUCUUGGGAUUCUAUGCAAUGUGAGGAUGCUUUGGUUGCUCUUCACAGCCUCGAUCAAAGAUGGUUAAGGAGUUUCUGUAUCUGCACUUGGUGAAUUUUGUGCUGGUUCAGACUUGAUCAUAGAUGGGUAGAAUUAGAAAGGGCUGAAGAGGAAGAUAAUUAGGUAAGAAUUACAUUUAUUUAGUUCAGGGGGAGAAAAAAGUGAUUGUAGUUGUACAUUUGUAAUAUUUUAUUUUUGUAUUAGAAAAAUAUUUUCUUUUACUUGUCAUGUUUUAAUAGUGGAUUGGGAUUCUCAC